AUGGCAUAUGGGAACUUUUGCUUCGGCUGUGGAUUUGCCCGCUCGUCACACUUCAACAAGGAGAAUCCCAUCAAGCCCAGCAAAAAGCCGAUCAAGAACUUUUGUGCUCAUUGCAUGAAACGUCUGUCCAAGAAGGCAGUCAUCCCAACAGAGACUUUGCUCGGUAUCUCCUCCGAUGAAAGUGGCCCAGAAUCAGAACCGCUCGAGUUCGACGAAGAGCAACAUGAUGGGCAGAGCCCAGAGCACGCCGGUCAUUUUCGCAUGUCGUCCCAGCAAGAGACGGCAAAGCCGAAGAACGAUGCUACCGACGAUUCUAAUGAGCACUACGAAGCUGGAAACGAAUCAGAUGAACUUUCUCCAUCGGAGUCUGUUCGAAAGCGACUGAGAAAGCGCCGUUCUGCUCGAGCAAGCGAUGCGGUACCUCUGGAGGAAGUCCGGCCCAAGUCCCAGCGCUCUACGACAAGCCAUAAUGAGGAUCAUACAAAGUCUGCCUUUGAGACAAGCAUCAGCCAUCAAGCCCCCUCGGUCGAAGAUGUUCCAGAUACUGAAGAUAACCUACGACCCGAGGACAACGAACCUGCCAACUCUUGCAGCUCGCCAGCCUCAGCCCGGCCCACAUCUGUCAAGGUCGCACCUGCCACGCCGAUCCAAACGACAGCCCAGGUUACGACCAGCGAUGAUUGUCCUGACCCCGAUCCGUCUCUGGACUCGGAAACCUGUUCACCUUCUAAGCGAGCUAGAUUCAGUGAACGGGUCGAGGUCCGCACAUCUCCGACUUUCUGGCAGCGAGAGCAUCCCGAAGGUGACAAUCCAUAUGCGCAAUUCCAGUACGAACAAUACCAGGAUGAUCUCCGCGAUGGAAAGAAGGCCGUUCCUCUCAAGGAUCCACUGAGAGAUCCUGAUGGCAGGACUGCAGGACAGCUCUACGUGCCCCUAUGCAGCAUCGACGAUCAUAGCUUCAACUCUUGGAGCAACGAAGGCGCGACAGGAUGGGAAGAUUUUGCUGCCAAAUUCAGACCCAGCUCCGCCAAGGUCUCCAGUGACAACCCGCUUCAUUCUAGCACUUUGUAUACCCCCGAAGGAAACCAGCCCCACGAUUGUUCCACCAGCAAUGGUUACCAGCAUCGCUUCACCAGAGAUCGAUCGAAUCCAAACAAUCGACAACAGCAGCCGCAAGAUUUCGGCGAUUUCUGCUAUGGCCAGGGCAAAGAGAAUCAGCCAUGCCCGCCAAGUCCCAUCGCCCCUUCCGGCUGGUACUCGCAGCAUGACUACUUUGAUGGCUACCACAAUCCCGAGAACCAUCACGCCACAGACUGGACAUCCCGCCGUGAUGCUCGUCGCACUGAGCGGAACCACGGCCCAUGUGCUAAACAAGCCGGUUCCUUCUGGGAUACACAUGAUCAGUACCCCAGUAUGGAUUACCAGGCAGACGGCGCAGGCAAUCAUUUUGAAUCCUCCAGCGGCUAUCCUGAUGACUACGGUUCCUUCGGAGGAUUUGGCUUUAAUUCAUAUAGGUCAAACGAUCAUGGGCUGUAUCCGGAAGAGGACAGCUUCCAUCACAGCAACUACGACUCUGCUUCUGCUCAUCAGCAAUAUUACCAGGGCCCCCAACCAUCUCCACCGAAAGAGAAGCGGCAUGGCUUUGAAUUUGGUACUUCUGACACCCAUGAGAACAUGAACACUCGCUCUUCCUACAGCUUCUCUGGUUAUACGACGGAGCAAGACACAGCAACCGGGUACGGUGCUUCGCGCGAUGCUGGAAUCCCGUUCGAGACCUCAACCACGAGCAGCGACGCGCCUCAAGAGCCCAAGCUUCCUCCUAUCGGCAUUGUCAUGGAGAUUCCGGAUGAUAUGUCCGACAGCGAUGUCCACACUCUGCUCAUCCCCGGCUGCGACGACUAUAUUCCUAUGGCGUACUGA